UUAAACUCCUGGGAAUAUUGUGACAGUGAAGGAGCCGUCCGUGCUCUCUGUUUUGAUGAUAUUAGCUUAAAACGAAAUGUGAAGUGUCUCUGAACUGUCUUCAGAUACUUGAGAGGAUGGAGGCGUGUAUGAUGAAGCCAGAAGUAAAAAAAAAGAAACCAAAGCCGCCUAAACCUCCUCCAAAGCCUGCCGAGAGAAAAAGAAAUGACCCAGAAAGACGAGAGAAACCAACUCCUGUGGUGCCUCAACGACCAACAGACACUGAACUGAGUCAGACACAAUACCGGAUGAAAAUAUCAGCAGCAUCAAACAAUGAGGCUAAUGGAAACUUGAUACAAGCUCCUGCUGUUCCCCCCAGACCUACAGAAAAGGAAGUGAACGCUGCAACCAGAUAUAGCCAACGCAGAAGAGUACAGGCUGAGGACACACAGAGCCAGUCGGAAGUUCCCAAAGAUGAGGCAGACUUUAAACAGAGAGAUCAGUCGGCCUUCAGUGGAAUGUUUCGAUGGAGCCAAAAAGAGAAAACUCCUUCGUUCACUACUUACAUAACCCAUGACCUAGAAGAAAAAACUGACGAUGUCCUAGUCAAACAGGCUCCUGGCAGCAAACUGGGUGGUCUAAAGGGAGUAAUGAAAGGUUUGCAAGUCAAGUCAUCACCAAAGGUCAGCCGAGAGCCGAAUCCAGAUGCCAGCGCUGAGGAAGCCGGCUCAGAAAAGGAACAAACCGCCGAAAAAAGCAAGCAGGAAAGGACUGCAGAAACCAAACAGGACAUCGGAGGUUUGAUCACUGGAAUGUUCCGGAAAACUCCCAAAGAGAAAUUGUCGUUACCUGAUGUGACACUCAGCAAAUCUGACAGUGAUUCUGAAAAUACAGAAGAAGCAGAAGAUAAAGAAGAGGGGAGCUUCUUUUCUGGCAUCCUUAAAAAAUCCAAUAAAACAACAGAUGAGACACCUGCACAGGACAAUCUGAGUGUUCAUAGUCAGCUGUCCGCCAGCAGCGACAGUCUGUCUGAAAACAGCAACAAGGAAAAAGGAGGAAUAUUCAGUGGGAUGUUCAAGAAGUCUCCGAAACCAACAGAAGCUGCUCAAACUGAUGAGGACCAAAAGUCUCUACAUGAUAGUCUAUCGGGCAGUAAUGAUAAUCUGUCUGAAAACACAAAGGAAAAGGGAGGAUUUUUCAGCGGGAUUCUCCGAAAGUCUCCCAAGAUCCCUGGAGAGGGAACACCUGGGCAGGAUAAACAGUUGCUGCAAACGGACCCAUCAGACAGCAGUGAGACUCCGUCUGAGAAAAACACCACUAAACAGGAGAAAGGAAGCGUUUUCAGUGGAAUGUUCAAGAAAUCUCCCAAAUUGUCUGAAGCUCCUCGAUUGCAGGGGGGCGCAGAUUCGAUGCACAGUGAGCUCUCUGCCAGCACUGACAGCCUGUCUGAGAACAAGGAAAAAGGUGGUUUGUUCAGUGGACUCCUCAGAAAGACUCCAAAAACAACUGGAGAGGGGAAUCUCUCAGCUCAGAAAGACCUUUCUGCAAGCAACGACAGUCUGUCUGAGGCUUCCACAAAGGAGAAAGGAGGUGCUUUAAAGGGAAAACUCAAGAAGUCUUCUAGACUUGUAGAAGGUCCUCCUACAGAGGAAUUCCAAGACAAUGAACUUUCAGGCAGCACUGAAGCUCUUUCUGAGAACAACACUAAGGAAAAGGGAGGAAUAUUUGGUGGAAUAUUCAAGAAAACUCCCAAACCUGCAGAAGAUGGUCAGCCUGAGGAGGACGAGUCUCCUGGCACCAAUCCCUCAACAAGCAAUGAGAAUUUAUCUGAAAACAAACAGGAGAAAGGUGGAGGGUUGUUCAGUGGACUCCUCAAAAAGACUCCCAAAGCGUCUGGAGAAAAGACUGAGUCACCGGAGCAAGAGGCUCAGAAGGAGCUGUCGGCCAGCAAUGAUGACCUAUCUGAGAAUAGCGGCACUAAGGAGAAAAAUAUUUUCAGCAACAUGUUUAAGAAGCCGCAGAAACCAGUAGUGGAUGCAGCAGGAGACAAGGAGCAAGAGGCUCAGAAAGAGCUGUCGGCCAGCAAUGAUGACCAAUCUGAGAAUAAUGGCACUAAGGAAAAAAACGUAUUUAGCAACAUGUUUAAGAAGCUGCAGAAACCAGCAGAGGAUGCAGCAGGAGACAAGGAACGAGAGGCUCAGAAGGAGCUGUCGGCCAGCAAUGAUGACCUAUCUGAGAAUAAUGGCACUAAGGAGAAAAAAGGCGGACUGGCCAGCAUUUUUAAAAGAUCAGCCAGCAUUGACGACCUGUUUGACGAGGAAAAAGGGCUGUUCAGUGGACUUCGCAAGAAAACACCCAAAGUGUCUGGAGACGAGGCAGCUUCAGAGGACAAAGACUUGCUGUCAACAAGUAAUGACAGCCUGUUUGAAAACACAAAGGAGAAAAGUAUUUUCAGCGGCAUGUUUAAGAAGACUAAACCAGCAGAGGGGACUACAACAGAUGAGGAAUUAAAUGAAGAUAAACAGUUAUCUGGCAGUAGUGAAAAUCUGUUAGAAGUAAACUCAUCAAAGGAGAAGACUGGAGGGCUGGCAGGGAUCUUCAAAAAGUCUCCCAAACCAGCUCCACGCUCGAUCGCGACUCAGGAUCCUCUCAGUGGGAUGAAGGAGCUGUCUGCCAGCUGUGACAGCCUCACAGAAGCUGAUGAGGGUGAUCUUUCAGCACCUCGUGAAUUGUCGACCAGUAACGAUAAUCUUUCUGAAGCCACAAGCGACCAAAAAGAGAAAAAAGGAGGAUUUGCUGGAAUAUUCAGGAGGACGCCCAAAACAAUUGAAAAGCAGGAAAGUGAGGACAUGGUGGAACAAGGCGGAGGUGGUCUGAGACGCAGGAGAACUAUCAAAAAAAAAGACGAGUUGUGUCAUUUCCGAGUCAAGAAAACUCUUCCCGAAAUACCUAAACUUAAUCUAACCUCAAAGAGUUCAGAGAAGAUGCCUCUGAUUGAGGAGACUGUUGAGCUGCAGGAGCUGAACCCAGCACAGGAGAGCAUAGUGGAGGUCCAGCCUGUGGAGAUGGCAGCUUAUCCUACUGAAAACAACCCUCUCGAAGCUCAGGAGGAAACUGAUGAAUUGAUGGAGUGGUGGAACACAGUCAAAGGUUGGGCAGAGUGGAACGAAACAUCAAAUACCCAAGAGGUUGAUGAGGAAACGGCGAUGGAGCAGGCAGCUGACCGUGUCUACAUGGCUGCCCGUCUGUUUGUGCGUCUUUUCAACCAACGGGGUGCAUCCUUACAGCAUCGCAUCCUGGAGCUUUUGGCUCUGGCCGAUGCUGCGGAUGAAUUCCACAAAAAAACUACAACAGCCGCUGUGGGUGGAGGGGUGGCCAGUGUCGCAGGCAGUGUGGCAACAAUCACAGGGCUCAUUUUGGCUCCUUUCACUUUUGGUGCCUCUAUUAUUGUCACAGCGGUGGGGAUCAGCGUGGCGACCGCAGGUAGCAUCACCUCAGCGACGGCCAAUAUCACAGAUACAGUUCACUCCAACAUGGAUCGUAAGAAGCUGGAGAAGAUGAUCCAGGGCUACCAGGAGGAGAUUAAAGACAUCAGGGAGUGCUUGGAGUUUGUGCAGGCCGGUAUGGACACCCUUGAGGACUGGGACUUUGAGAAAUACUCAGAGAGCGCUGCAAAAAAGGCUCUGAACCACAAUCUCAAGCAUGUGAUGAAAGAGGGUGGCCGUGCUGGAAAAGCCCUGAUGAUCAACACCGACAAGCUCAUCAGCAUUGCACAGAUUUUAGGCGCUGCCGGUGGCGUCGCCAAAGCUGCCAAGGCUAUCAGCGUCACCACAGGCGUUAUGUCGGCCCUCUUCCUCGCUCUGGAUAUUUUCUUUCUUGCCAAAGACUCCCACAAACUCCGCAAGGGCGCCAAAACUAAGUUCGCCACUAAGAUCAGGGACGUAUGUAAAGAACUUCAAGACGGCUUGCUGGAGCUGAACAAGGUGAAGACGCAGCUGCAGAAAACCAUGGACGGCAUUGAGGUGGAGGAGUACGAGGAGAUCCAGGAGGUGGAGGAGGAAGUUGAGGACGAUUUUGAGUCUGAUCCAACUAAGCUGGCUGAGCUGGAGCAGGAGCUGGACCUCAUGGAGGAGAAACUGGACAAGAAGGUCGAGGAAGAGAAUAAACGGAUUAAAGAGAUGGAGAAGGAAAAUAUGAAAAGUAAGGAGAAAAAGGAAGAGAAAAUGAAGGAAAAAGGAGAGCCAGAGGAAAAGAAUGGCAAGAAGGUAACGGUCACAGAGGAUGCAGAAGCAGAGGGAAAGAAAGAAAAUAAGCAGGUAGAGGGUGAAGGAGAGAACAAGUUCCCUGAUGAGGAAAAAGAGAAGAAAAAUGAGAAUUUCAAAGAGGUAAAAGAGGAAGUUUUAAAAGAACAAUCUCAGAAAGGAAAAAAGCAGAACAAAGAAACUGAGAACCGCAUUACUGCUGAGAAAGAAAAAUGUGAGAGCAAGAGAGACCAGUCAAAAGAAGACAAUGGUGCACAUAAAAAGACAGAGGAGAAGGAGAAAGAGAGCGAAACUGACAAAAUGGAAAUUAAGAGCAGAUCAGGCGAUUUCAAACAAGAAGAUUGGAGUGGGAAAGCGUAUUCUGAAUGGGUCAAGACAGAAAGUGAAAGAAUUAAGAGCAGCAGAGAAGAUGAAAGAGAGAUGAAGACUGAAUGGAGAUCAAUGAAUAAAGAAAGAGAGGCAGAAAGCAGGAAUACGAGGAGGCACAGCAGCAGGAGCGACAAAGAUAGACCUCACGAGAGUGAAAGAGGCAGCAAACACGAAAUAAUAGAAACCGACAAGGAGAGAGGCAGCAGCAGGGAUGGAAAACAAAGUGAGCGGAGGGAGAGCUGGAGGAGGACAGAGGAGGAGAGAGGAGUGAGGGACUGGAGAAUUGAGAUAGCAAAAGGUAGAGAAGAAAGGAGAGAAGGAAAGGAGUCAGAGAGAGGGACCAAAAGGGAAGAUCAUGGAAAAAGCGAUGCGAGGAAGGAGUCGCAUCGAAGUCACGAAGGGGUGACAAGAAGGGAACAUUUGGAAAGAGAGUGGGAGCGCAGGUGGGAGGAGUCUGACUCAAAGAGGAGUCACCACAGGAGAGCUCCACAUGAUGACCACAGGGAGGGGGGAGAUGAGAAACGAGGGAGCAGGAUCGAGAGCGCACGGAGAAAGUUUGAGAGAGCAGGGGGUGAGGAGGAGGAGGAGAGGGGGAAGAGGAAAGAGGACCGUGAGAGGAGAGGGAGUGACAGAGAGAGGAGAGGGAGUGGCAGAGACCGAAGGCAUGAACACAGCCACCGAGGAUCUCGACCUCGCUCCAAGGCCAUACUGGAAGACGGUUUGAAUAUUUAGUUUUAAAGAAGUUGUUCAUGGCAUUUUUAAACCUUUAACGCGUCAUUGACGCGUUAAAGGUUAGAUUUUCCUUGAUUUUAACUGAAAUUAUGUUGCCAAGUCAAAGUGUCUACUGGGUGAAAGGUCAGUCAAUCUGAUUAUUGAUUAAUUCAGGACAGGAGAGAACGAGGAAAACUGGUGAUGCUCGUCAAGCCAAAUCUGAUAUGAGGAAGUCUGUCUUCAUACUCACUCUUUACAGAGCGUUGUGUUCAAUUCCAAUUUCCCAGAUCCAGUCUUUCUGCUUUGACUGUUCUCAUUCACUGAAACAAACACCACGUCCUGCUUUGAUGACAUAGUCCAUGUCGGGGACACAUCAGGACGCUGUAGCAUAUACAUUACCAAAGACGUGGUCAAAUGCCCCCCUGGCCACCUCGGCAAGUGGUUUGACUGAUCAGAUCAGAUCAGAUCAGAAAAAAGCUGGCGACUGCUUGGCUGAUGAACUUGCAACAACAAUAACUCUGAGCGUACACACGGGCAUGUCAGUGUGCAUGCACAUCAGCGGCUGCCAGGAGGAGUAAAAUCUGAACCCCUACCUUGUGAGUGAUCAUUGGUAAUAGUGCUAACUGUUCCAGGUUCACUGCUCCUUGCUAAAAAGAAAUGUUACUUGAUUAUGACCUCUUUCUUAUUAUUUUUCUGACAUUGUACUGAAACAAAAUUUCUGGAGGGCAAUAAGCUGCAUUAUCCAUUUCUGUCUUUUUGGAUAUUACCACUAGGAGUUGCCAAAGUCAGUCAUUUUACACUCUACAUCUGCCUUUUCUCUUUUUUACAACUAAAAUUAACAUGUAAAGCAAAUUUCCUGCAAAAUCAGCUGCUAGUAGUUUGUUAAUGACUCAUCUAUUCAUGUAGUGAUAAACUUAGCACAUUUAAAAAUACAUUUAAAACCUUAACGUGUUUCUGAAACACGGUGGUGUCUGUUACUUUUUAUAGUUGUGGUGUUUCAGGGUAAAAAGACAUUUUUUAUCUAUAUUGUGCUUUGUUAUAUGUGUAUUUUAUUUUCUGGUGGACCUGUGAUUUUAUUUCACUAAAAAGCCCAAUAUGACAGGAGAAAAAAAUAUGCAGUUGUUAUAUUUCAGAUAGUACAAAAACUUGUUUUUUUAACUCACCUGUAAGAAUUCUCGCUCAGUGCACUUUAACCAGGCUUUGCCUUCUUCAGGUCAAGUUUAAUGUCACUUAAUGUUUCUGAAAUAUUGUGCAAUGGUUCACUUUUCUGUUUUCAUUACUGGUGUCUUCUUUUGUCUGAGAUUUUAUAUGUUCACUCAAUGUAUUUUUAUAUGGGUAAAUAUUAUUUUAUAUGGUGCUGGUUUCUUAUUGAACAAAUAAAUUAU